GUAAAGGCAGCUCGGGGCUGGCGGGGUGAGAGUGACUGCGGCGUUCGCGGCCGGCGGGGCGUGAGACAGCAGUGCGGCCAUGGCGGAACCUCAGCCCGCGUCUGGCGGCCUCACCGACGAGGCCGCCCUCGGCUGCUGCUCCGACCCGCACCCCAGCACCAAGGAUUUUCUGCUGCAGCAGACCAUGCUGCGAAUUAAGGAUCCUAAGAAGUCAUUGGAAUUUUAUACUAAAGUUCUUGGAAUGACGCUACUCCAAAAAUUAGAUUUCCCACCAAUGAAAUUUUCACUCUAUUUCUUGGCUUAUGAGGAUAAAAAUGACAUCCCCAAAGAAAAUGAUGAAAAACUAGCCUGGGUGUUCUCCAGAAAAGCUACACUUGAACUAACACAUAAUUGGGGCACUGAAAAUGAUGAGGCCCAGAGUUACCACAGUGGCAAUUCAGACCCUCGAGGAUUUGGUCACAUUGGAAUUGCUGUUCCUGAUGUACAUGCUGCUUGUAAAAGAUUUGAAGAACUGGGGGUCAAAUUUGUGAAGAAACCUGAUGAUGGUAAAAUGAAAGGCCUCGCAUUUAUUCAAGAUCCUGAUGGCUACUGGAUCGAAAUUUUGAAUCCUAACAAAAUGAUGGCUAUUGUUUAGUUCUGUGAAAAUACUGCUGGGAGAGUUAGGGGAAGACAUUGUAGGUGAUAAAAAAGGAAAUGAUGUGAUUCAAUAUUUUCAAUUUAACAGAAGCAUCUAGGACUGGUGGGUCCCUGUCCCAGUUCAUAUUCUUCUCCAAUGGGUUUCCCUUUCCUAUUUCAGCUAUGACUAUUCAGUCAUCCUAAUUUUAAAGUACUGCUUUGUCUUAAUGUCCUUGAAUGUAAUUGUGUAACUUUACUUUUUUAGGUAAUAAUUAGAACAAUUCCCUUCAGAGGCUGCAUUUGCCUUUUAUCUUCUAAAUAGGACUUUUUACGUCCCUGCCUUUUAAUCAUCAUUUAAAAAAAAAAAAAAUGCACGUAAGAUGUUUUGUUAUGGUUACCUUCUGGGGUUUCAGUUCCUCAGAAAUUGCUUUUCACAAUGGAAAGUAAAGAAUAUUGAACAAAAGUGAACUUCAUGUGCACUUCAAAUAGUAUACAUUGUUGAUGUUACAAAAGAGAAGCUCCUCUUGGGAGCAGUUCAUAAUCAUGCUGACAAGGAUGCUGAUAGAAGAACUAAUUCUCCUUAUUUACAAAGUACUUUCAGAGUUUAAAGACUAUCCUCUUUAUUUUGGCAUAGGAGGAGAAUGGGAAUAAUAUUUACUGGGCAUGCAAACACUGGACUGGUCUGUCACAUACUUUAUAUCAUUCUUCCCCAUGAUUGUAUGAGAAAGAAAGCAGGCUAGAUGAGAAAAAAACCUUUAAUGAAUUGAAGGCAAUAUAAAGGUUUAAGCAUUCAAGAUAUUGUCAUUAUUUUUAGUAUUUAGAUUGUAUCUCAGAAAUUGGUACCCUCCUCCUCAUUACCCCCCUAGUGCAAGCGUGUGCAUGUGUGCGUGCGUGUGCACACACACACACCACACAAUACCUCCUGUACUAGUCUCCCAUUGUGACAACUUCCAGUGACCUUGAGCAGUCCUCUGAGCUCUUGGGCCCGACUACCACUGUGAGGGAACAGCACCCGAGGAAGUCUGGAGCACCGACUGCUCUGGGAACACCUGGUUAUUUCUGUGCAAGUGAUGUUGUUAUUACGUGUGAAGAGUCCCACCCCAAGGUCUUCAAGAUACUGGUAAUCAUUUUGGGGAAAUUACAUCUUGUGAUAACUCAGUUAUCAGAAAUCAGCUCUUCCCUGCUAUGAGUGACAUUUGAUGGGUUUUUAAAAAACAAACUGAUUUUGAAAAUUUCUUAUGGUCUAGAAAAUUAGAACAUCCAGUUUGUGAUUUAACUACCUUUAGAUUUUCCAUAGACUGCAGUGAACACCUUUGGACAGGCAUGCCAACUAUGCUUACAAUGCUAGAUGCAUUUUACACUUCCAUUUCUAAUGGAAUGGAUUUAGGUGAGCAAUUCAAACAAAUAGCAGUACUUUUAGACUGAAAUAAAGUUAAAUUUAAAUAACAUUAUGUUUAAUUUGUAAACUUCUUUCCGGUAUGCUCAUUCUUUAAAAAAAAAAGUUCCCUCAGGGUGUACUGCAAGUGUGUCUGAAGGUACUUGUGCAGACUCAUUUUGAACUGGAAAUAGUUGUAAUUCUGUACAUCCUGCAGAACAAAUGGUUUCUAUGGAUAAGCUAAAGCGGAAAGGCUAGGCAGAGCAAAGUAAAUAAAGAAUAAAGGACUAUCGUAGAUGAAUGUGCAGAGAAGAAAAAAGGUCAGAUGUCAAUAGGUGAGUCAUGGGAACCAAUGAAGGUCAAGUUCACAUGUCAGAAUUAUCCAGAGAGGGUUAUUAGAUUCAUAACAGAAAAAAGUCAUUUAAAACUUUCCAGAGAAAGAAGCCUUUUUUACUUGCAAAGUACAACUUGCCAAGUUCUUUGGUUACUCCUUAAAUUCAUUCCUGUAUGCAUUAUAUAUAUAUAAAUAGCAUGCCAUCACCAUUCUAGGGAUUAGGACUAUUCACUUCCAAAUUAACUUACUUGAGAGGUGGUGAUAUAAGAGGGUGAAGGAGAGCACAAGAAGUUUCUUGUCUUCCAUGAUUGGACAGCAGUACUGUGUAGCUUACUAUCAAUGUGAAUAAAUCAGUCUUCUGUGCACUUACAUAGGUAAGCCUGGGACUGUUACCAUGCAGGUGGUUUGUGUUAGGAGUGGUGGCUGAGAAUCACUGUUGCUUCCUCACACAGCAUUCUAACCAACCCUGCAUACAGUGCAUAUAAAUAAUCCUUAACAGUCUCACUCCCAGAAAAAAUAACUGCUUGCAAAAAGGGUUAUAUCUGUAAGCAUGCUUGCUGCCAGCAAUAAAAAAAGACCCAAUUAUCUGACCUAUAAGCACGUCAGAGGUUCUGGAAUGAAUUGAUGGGAGAUCCCAGAUAUCAAGAACCCUGGUUUCCUUCCAUCUUUCUUUGCCUAUCUCUCAGAAUUUUAUCUUUGGGCUAAUAAUACUUGUUAUCAGUAAUACUUACAUGUUUGUAGGUAUCAAUAUAUAAACCUACACUGCCCAGGAAAAGAAAAUAAUCUUUUGUUGCUCGUGUUUCUUAAAUGUGUCAGAUCUUUCCAUAAGUUCUCAGCAGAAUUUUCCCUCAUAUUUUGCAUAGAACUGGGUCACUUCCCUGUCUUUAGUCACUGGCAGAGGGAAUAAGACCACUCUGACUUAGAUGGAUCAUGUUUACCCAAGUACCUGCAUGAGGGUAGACACUGGACCAAAAUUGAGAGGGCUUCUGGGGAGGCAUAAACAAAACUUCAACAGGGUCCUAACUGGUGCAGAGUGAUAUAAAGAAUCAUUUUCUAUUCACAAAAGCUUGGUCUAAGAUUGUGGUUCUCAACCCUUCCAGUCUUAGCAGACCCAUUUUAAUAUAACUUAGGCACAUUUAUAACACCAUAUCCACCAUCUUGAAAUUCAUAUAUAAUUUACCUAUAUAUACAACUUCAAAAAGGGUAAAUCUAAUACCUUUAUUGCAAUGCAAAGGGGAAGUGAAAUCAAUUUGUAAUAAAAUACUAUGCAUUUCAAAAUAUAAAUGCCCAGAUACUAAUAUACUAGAAAACAAUGAAGUAGCCAGAUUAACCUGGAAAACUGUUUUAAUAGACUACUGUUAACACUGAUGUUUUAUUUUUUUAUUUUUUUAAUAAGUUUUUUUUUUUUAAAGAGGCAUGUAUUUUAUUCA